GGGUAAAAAAGAGUCCAAAAGACCAUCUCCAUUGGGCUGGGCUCUUGUUCAUCCAUCACUUCAAAAUUUCUAGCCAAACCAACUCAUUUACAUUCUAACUUCACCAUCACCGGCGACGAAAACCCCUAAUCAAAACCCCAGAAAAUGAACUCAGCAAUGAGUCACCUGACGAGUCUGCUGAAGCGCCCGAGUUCAGCAAUCAACUCAGCGAGCUCAUCCCUCCAACAAUGGCGGGGGAUCCGAGUUAGGGUUCAAAACGGUAACCUGGAGCAAGCCCUUUCUUUCAUGCAGAGAAAAAUGACUUCAAGUGGGAUCGAAAGGAUGAUUAAGAAAGAACAAACUCAUCACAUCAAGAAUUCUGAGAAGCGCGUUUUAGCCCGCAAAGCUCUUCAUCGUCGACUCCAAUCCCAGGACCUUGCUCGUAAGCUCAAAUCCAUCCUCAUCAAGAAAGUCAGGGGUCUAUGAGUAUUCUGGAAGGAGAAGCUGGAAGCUGCAUUCAGGCCUUGUACGUUGCUGUUGGUUUAAACUCAUGUAAUUGACUUUCUUCAAUUAGUGAACAAGUUGUCAAACUAGUUAUAGUCUUUGCAAAUCACCAAUUCAGUUUUUCUUGACUUUCACUGUUUGUUUAUCAACCGACACAAUAUAUUCUUUUGCAAAUUUUUGCAUCGCUAUUGAUCCUAGCCAAGUAUAGCGCGAUAAUUCAAAUAUUCAUGUAUUGUCUCCAUGUAACAAACAAAAGUUGGAGUUAAUAAAUAUCUUGCACGUAUUUGUAAGGUUCUCA